AUGGGCAUCCUGGACCACUUGUCGCACCUGUGCAGCAUCACGGAGACGAAGGAGGCGCUCAAGCUCAGGAAGAAGCGGCCGCUGCAGACGGUGAACAUCAAGGUGAAGAUGGACUGCGAGGGGUGCGAGCGGCGGGUGAAGAGCGCGGUGAAGUCGAUGCGCGGGGUGACGAGCGUGGCGGUGAACCCGAAGCAGAGCAAGUGCACGGUGACCGGGUACGUGGAGCCCGCCAAGGUGCUGGAGCGCGUCAAGGCCACGGGCAAGAACGCCGAGAUGUGGCCCUACGUGCCCUACGCGCUCACCACCUACCCCUACGUCGGCGGCGCCUACGACAAGAAGGCCCCCGCAGGGUUCGUCCGCAGCGCGCCGCAGGCCAUGGCCGACCCCUCCGCGCCGGAGGUCAAGUACAUGACCAUGUUCAGCGACGAGAACGUCAACGCCUGCACCGUCAUGUGA